AUGGAUGAAGCUAUGGUCAGCAAGCUGCAAGAAGGUGUAAAAGUGAAUGUCGUCGACUUUAUAGAAGCCGAUGAAUACACAGUUACCCUCAAGUGUUUGAUCAUCGACAAUAACCCUAGAUACGUUUUCGGGGAAGGUUGGAGUACCAUGAAGUGGUCGCUAGAUCUAAAAGAAGGCCAACAACUGAAGCUUUAUUGGGAUGUUGAAGAUAAGAAGUUCUUUAUUCUCAAUUUCUGUUAUCAGACAAUUCCUCUUAUGAUUCCCGUUAUCCACUUCUUGUACAUUCUUCAGUCUCAAGAAACAGAUGCUUCAGGAAACAAGAUGCUUCAUGGCACCGUACGUCUUCUACAAUCCACUCUUCUAGAUUCUCUGAGCCAACACUAUGAAGUGAAACCGCCUCACUCAGGAUGCAAGCAAGCCUCCUAA